AACAAAAAUGUAAUCAAAGUUAUGUAGCAUUAUGAAAGGAGCAUGUUGAUAGAUGUUACCUGUGACCUGCCUGUUGUUCGAUCAGUUGAUGAUGUUGCAACCAGUUGCAGCUCAGUUUCAUCAGAAAGAUGAUUACAAGUACAUUAUAAGUGUACUAGUGUAUAUAACAUUAUAACAGUAUAAUUCACAUAGGUAUAUGUACAUGUAGAUAUAUGUUAAGACCCAAACACCUGUGUAAUUUUAUAUGUAAACAGAGAUAAACAACUGUCUCAGGAGUAAGUUUACCGCGUUGUCCACUAUAAACAAAAUUGUGAAAACUUUUGAUUGUUUAAUUGAUGUGAAUAUAAGAUAUAAGGCCUAUAGAUCUACAUGCAUGUAUUUUUUAAGAGUGUGUAUAGGGCUGAAAUUCGCCUCCAUCCUAAUGCUGAAAAACAGGUGUUUUCCCCAAAAUUUACAUAUAAAAAUUCCUAAUUGAUGAUAAAAAGAAAAAUAAGAAAAGAAAAAAGGUCAAAAAUCAAAAGUUUUUCAUUUUUUGUGAAAUAAUUAAAUCAUCACUUGUGAUACUUCUCGUAUUUAUGUAAGUGUUCAUAUAUGAGCUUUAUUACAAUCUGUAUUCAAUAACUCUGUCAAAGUGCAUGACCAAAACAAUUAAUGCUAAUCAUCCUAAAGUUAGAUAAGAGCUAGGAUAGUAAAAACAAGAACCUUAUAUUUCUAUAUUUCAACACUAAAAGAUAGAUCUUCCAGUGAGGAAUCCAUAUCCCCUGACCAACCUGACAGGUGAAAAAUCAACAAAAGACAGACCAACCCGACAGGUGAAAAAUCAAAAGACUGACCAACCUGACAGGUGAAAAAUCAACAAAAGACUGACCAACUCGACAGGUGAAAAGUCAACAAAAGACUGACCAACCCGACAGGUGAAAAAUCAACAAAAGACUGACCAACUCGACAGGUGAAAAGUCAACAAAAGACUGACCAACCCGACAGGUGAAAAAUCAACAGGAGACUGAGUGCGAGAUUAAACAGGGGAUGCUUACUCCUCCUAGGUUUUUCUUAAGGUCUUGAUUUCAAGGGCCUGGGCCUUUCCAAUUGGGAAAAAUAGCGACAUUUGCUUGAAAUUGGGAAAAAAGUAGGGAGAAGACCAAUCCAGAGUGCAUUAUAAGAUAGGGGGAGCUGUUACAGAUAGGGGAACCUGGGGCUUUUUUAAUUGAUCAGAAAACACGACCAGAGGAGCCCUGUCUACCUGUGUAACUGUUUGGCAGUCUGUCAAGUGAAAACGUAUUGUCACCAGCAAUUGCUGUGGACAUUUAAAACAUCGACCACAGAUAAACGUAAAGGAACGGAAGGAUUUACUGGCAGUUUACAGUGACUUAUUCCAUUCUCUUGACAGCCAUGCCUUUAAUGGUAGAAGGUAAACACAUGGGGGUACCCCCGAAGUCCGUGGAGGAAUUCCUGGAACGGUACCCUCACUACAAGGAAACAUCAAAGAAUCUCUUGGAACAGAAAUGCCGAUCUAUCGUUCCAAUUGGCCUGCUGUAUGUUGGACAGAGAGAGAUGGCAGCCACCACCCCAGACGACGAGAGAAUACAGAUGGUCGGAACGGAGGAUGCCACCACAUGUCACAUUGCCAUUCUGAGACACACAGGGUCUGGGGCAGUGUGCAUGUGUCACUUUGAUUCCUGUGGAAUUGAAACUGGGUGUAAAAAGAUGUUGGGACUUGUUAAAGAUUUAUCCAAAGACAAAUUACCUGGCAGGAUAGAGCUCCAUUUGGCCGGGGGUUUCCGAGAUGAUAAGCGGAUGUCAGAAGAGCUGUCAAUCAAACUUUUAACGACAUUUAACAAUUUACCGGAGGAGAUCCACUUACAGACUGCGUGCAUUACAGAUAUAAAUAAUAUGAAGAAGGGCACGACCAACUUUCCAGUGAUUUACGGUCUAGUGAUACACCUCAACAGUGGAGAAAUCCAGAGGGCGACAUUUCUAGACCGAGGUCCAGAUCAACCAAUCAGAUCAGCCCGUCAUUUCACGGGGAGUGAAGAGAUAAUCAACAUUUAUGACCACAAGAAGGGAAUGCUUUCCAUUGGUCCAUUUAACUACAGUACUAUGGACGAAAUAGAUCUUCUGUGUCGACUGCCAGAUCAGUUCAUACGAGAGCACCUGUCCACGUCACCAGAGCAGGAGCCUGCGCACUUUGAAGAUGCUGUUCGGGCAGCCUUGGUCCAGAUCAGGGACCAUCCGGAACCCCUCAGAACAGUGUUCAAAGAUGGCCAACCGCGACAGUACAAAAUUGAAUCCAAUGGCUCAUGGACGCGGUGUAACUGAUAUCUAUCAAGGAUGACCUGUAGAGCAGAAUGAUGCAGCUAUUAGAACAACACAAAUAAUUAAAAGAAUUAGAAUAUACUUUGCAUUAAACUUUUAAGUGGAGAAGUUCAAAGAUUUAAACUCUUAAUGGACUGUGAUAUGUGAUAAUGUACAUAGAAUGUGUUAUUUAUUAGCUUGUCUCAGUGCUAUAUACAUCCCUCUUUGUUAAUUUAUUGAUAAUCACCGUUCACGUGUGGUAUCGGUGUAGUUAAUGCCUCGUUUGCUCAGGAGCUUCUAGGUGAACUGAUCUGAACUAGCCGUUUGUAGUCAAACAGAAGUAGAUUUGUUACCUUAUCAUUCCAUGUAUUUUUGAUAUUAAAGCUUUAAAAAUCAGAA